CAGUAAACUAAAUUUAAACUCGAGCUAAUUCAGUGUUUGUACUGCCACCGUGAUGCGCUUGCACCUCAAUAACUAAGACCCCAUGAUAGACAUUUUUUGACCUCUAAAUGGAGUAUUCGACUGACGAUGUCGCAGCAGCAAGGAGUUUGCAGUUCGCCACGUACAUAUAUACAUCGAUGGCUGCGUUCUGGACCUAUGAUUAUGCAUGUUCACUUCAUGAAGAGUGGACAUUUUUGCUUCGAUCGCACUGGAGCAAGAUGAAGGGCUUGUAUAUUGUCAUAAAAUACCUUCCCUUUAUCCUUCUCAUCACAGAUCUAUAUAUGAGCUUUACCUCGAAUGAGAACCCAGUUAAAUGCGGGAUGUUGGCCAAUAUUAGCGCAGGGCUCGGCAUGCUAUUAUCAGUUUGCUCCGAGUGUUUUUUCAUCCUCAGAACAUAUGCGCUCUGGGACAGAAAUAGAAUAUUGCUCGCAGCCAUCCUGGGCACCUUUUUCGUGAGUUUCCAAUCCACUCGCCAGACACAAGCUAGUGGUAGAUCGAUCAGCCAGUCGUUUCUCGCAGCAUCCAUCAGCAUUACCGUCGACACUACCGUCUCCGCAGCAUAUGCCACUAGCCCGAUCCCGGGCAUCACAGGGUGCUACCAGAGUUCAACCAGUGACCGGAUUUUUAUCCCAUUUCUACUCUUUUCUGUGUUCGGGCUGGGACUCAUGAUCCUCACGCUCAUACGCGCGAUACAGAGCUGGCGGAGACACCCAAGCCGUCUGUACGUUGUCCUGGUGAACCAUAACAUAUUUUAUUAUGUUUGCGCUUUCCUAUUCUCGGUAAUGAACAUGUUUACAUCGCUGCUCCUCCAGGACACCUACCGGACCGUUUUGAAUGGUUUCCAGUUCCUGACCCUUGCGAUUGUUGCCGUGCGCAUGCACAUCCAUCUCUGGCAGACAAACCAACAUCUAGUACGCGGCUCUAGUGGCCUGGUUCAUAUUCCAUUGUCCGACAUAUCAUUUGCGAAUGUCACGGCGUGAUGUCUUAUGCUGUAGUUUAUUCAACGUCGUUCAUGGAGCGAGGCUUGGACCGCAUAAGAUGACUGGUGGGGGUGGGUUUGGUAGAGUUCGCUACGUGUUUAAUUUACAGGAUGAGUCUGUCGCGGGGCGGGUGGAGCAUUUGGAUGUUCUUAAUCACUGUAAUUUCAGCUACUGCACAUGAUCAUGUAUACUACGACAAAUUGCA